AUGACGCUAAGGAAGUUACCAAAUAUAAUAAUUACUGGUACUCCAGGAUGUGGAAAAACAUCACAUGCUGAAGAGUUUGUAUCACAGAAUCCUGAAUUUACCCACAUUAAUGUAUCCGAGUUUGCAAAAGCGAAUGGAUGUAUAGAGGGAUAUGAUGAAGAAAGAGAUAGCAGUAUAGUCAAUGAGGAUAGGAUGUUAGAUCUGCUUGAAACAAUGUCAGAAAAGGGUGGACUGGUUAUAGACUGGCAUUGUUGUGAAAUUUUCCCUGAGAGGUGGAUAGAUUUAGUUGUGGUUAUAAGAUGUAAAAAUACUGUACUUUAUGAGAGGUUGGAGAAAAGGGGCUACAAGCAAUCCAAGAUAACAGAAAAUGUUGAAUGUGAGAUCAUGCAAGUUUUGUUGACAGAAGCAAUGGAAAGUUACAAUCCUAACAUCGUUGUUGAAUUACGGAGUGAAGAUGUUGACUCUUUGGAUGAAAAUGUAUUCAGAAUCUCGCAGUGGUACCAACUGUGGAAGAAAAACAAUCCAGAUGGUGUUUCUAAUGAACUGGAAUGA